AUGAGCCCAAAUCUCACAAGCACUCUUAUGAUGCAAACGCAUCAUAAGGGCAUCUGCAAGCUUAGAAAGAAUCAAUCCUUUUGCUCGAGAUUCCUUCUUCUCCAGCACAGCUUGUUCCCAGGAUCCUGUUGUCAAGCUGCUGCAAUAGAGGCACGAAUUGCCUCUUCAUCCACGACUUCUCCUUCCACUGAAGUUGAAGCUCCCAACGCAGCAGGGGCUUGCGCAUAUGGGCAUCUGCAGCGAUUGUCGGUGGUGAAACGAUUUCCCCAUCUGCAGCACACGCAUCACUUUCUUGGACCAGGUGUUGAACCCUCUCCUCCCAUCAAAGGCAGUGACUCCCUGGAGAUUCAGAGCUGUGGGCUGGAAGAGGAUGUUCCAGUGGCAACUUGCUUGGUGGAUUUUUACGGGAGAUGUGGAAGCAUGGAAGCUGCGAAGAUGGUUUUCAACUCGAUAUCUGCGAGGGAUUUGUGCAGCUGGAAUGCGCUUCUGAGUGGCUACAGCCAGACGGGGGAUUGGAAGCGGAGUUUGGAGAUGUUUGAGCGUAUGAAGGAGAAGGCAGGAGUCGUCCCCAACGAGAUCACGCUCACGCAUCUUCUUUCGGCUUGCAAUCACGGGGCUGACUCGCAAAGGCAAGGAGUUCCUGGAGGAGAUGCAGAACAAUGGAAGAAUGUGGAGGUGGGGAAGAUCGCGUAUGAGAGAUUGGUGGAGCUGGAUGAGAAGGAUCCGACGUCUUACGUGCUCAUGGCCAACAUCUUUGGAAGCGUGGGAAUGGUGGAAGAACGCGAUCGGGUUAAGAUUGUGUGCGAGGUGAAUCUGUGA